AUGGAAAUUUAUUGUGAAAGAUAUACAAGGCAGGUUUCUGUUAUUAGUUGUUUGAUUGAAGGAAUUGAGUUGGAGUGGGUGGUGGUUGAAUCAUGCCUUGGUUCUAUUGGUAUGAAGUACGGUUUCUGUGAUGGCCUUUAUUUAUUCUUUUAUUGCUCUUUAAUGAGACUGGAUCGAUGUGGAUCUAUAUGGCCAUUUGGACAAGUGUUGCAGCAGUGGAUCUAUCCCCUUGCCGACCUUGUUAUAGUUGGUGACAUCUCAUUUUAUUUUCUUGUCCUUCAUUUCAGGAUGGACCUUGCAUUUGUGCCUACACUAGCAAUCGCAAAUAUUUUGAUACCUGUCACCAUGUUUCGCCUUUGGAGUAAUACUCACCAUGAUCAGGAAAAUGAUUCACUGCAGCAUGAAUCUAAGAUCAAUGAGCUCAAGGCUGCCAUUGGACCACUAUCUGGACACAGUUUACGAUAUUGCACCGACGCAUGCUUUCGAAGAUAUUUGGAAGCUAGGAACUGGAAUGUAGACAAAGCAAAGAAAAUGCUAGAAGACACACUUGAAUGGAGAUCAACAUAUAAACCUGAGAAGAUUUGCUGGCCUGAAGUUGCAAUUGAAGGUGAGACUGGAAAAAUAUACAGAGCAAAUUUUCAUGACCGACAAGGAAGGACUGUUCUUAUUUUGAGGCCAGGAAUGCAGAAUACGAAGUCAAUAGACAAUCAGAUGCGGCAUCUGGCGUAUCUCAUAGAGAAUGCUAUCCUCAACCUACCAGAGGGUCAAGAACAAAUGGCAUGGUUGAUAGAUUUCACUGGGCUGUCGAUAAACAACACUCCACCCAUAAAAUCAGCUCGUGAUACUGUUAAUAUACUGCAAAGCCACUACCCUGAGAGGCUAGCUGUUGCAUUUCUCUACAACCCCCCACGAAUUUUUGAGGCAUUUUGGAGGAUCGUCAAGUAUUUCUUGGAUGCCAAAACAUUCCAGAAGGUAAAAUUUGUGUACCCCAAUGAUACUGAUAGUGUCGAACUCAUGAGGUCAUAUUUCGACCACGAAAAUCUUCCAACCGAGUUUGGAGGAAGGGCCAUAUUGGAGUAUGACCAUGAAGAGUUCUCAAGAUUGAUGACUGAAGAUGAUGUGAAGGCUGCCUCAUUUUGGGGAUUUGACAAGAAGCUUCAAGAAGCAGUAAAUGGGCAUCAUGGAUCAGAGGUGGCUCCAGAGCCAAUUGACCUGGCAUCCCCGGCCAGCUAG